GCCCGGCGCGGCACUUCCGGUUCCUUGGCGCGGCCACCAUGGCGCCGCUGUGCAGCCUUCUGCUGUCACCGCUGCUGCUGCCCGCUUUGGCUCUCGCCGUCGGCCCCGCCGCCGGGCUGGAGGCGCCGGGCGAGGCGGAGGAGCUGGCGGCAGGGCUGGCGGCGGAGCUGCGAGCCGCGGGGUUACCCGAAGAUCUUCCCGAGCUGGAGCCUGAGUGCCGUCGCCUCCUCACCGCCUUCGCGGAGGGCAGCGCGACGCUGUCGGGGUGCCUGGCCCUCCGCGCCCGCCCGGUGCGGCUCUGCCAGGCCUGCGGCGGCCUCUACCGCAACCUCCUGGCGCAGUACGGGGACAUCGCCCGCGCCGUUGGGAAUUCCUCUGAGAGCCACAAUUGUGCCAAAAGUAUCCUGACCUCGGACAGGCUGCAGGUAGUUGUGACCCUUUCAGCAUUCUUUAAUGACACCUGGGAGGCAGCCAACUGUGCAAAUUGUAUAAAGAACAACAGUGAGGGAUUAUCAGAUUCUACUCAAGAAUUCAUGGAUUUAUUCAAUAAAUCUCUGUCAUGUUUUGAACAUAACCUUCAGGGACAAGCCGUUGGUCUAUCACCAAAUAACUACACUGAAGUGUGUAAAAACUGCAAUGGAACCUAUAGAAAUCUGAAUGACCUCUAUAACAAGUUGCAAAGGCUGAACAGACAUGGUGAUGAGUCUGGACACUCCGCACACUUGUGUAUCGAUGUGGAAGAUGCAAUGAAUAUCACUCGGAAGCUUUGGAGCAGGACUUUCAACUGCUCCGUUCCCUGCAGCGAUACAGUCCCAGUGAUCGCCGUUUCAUCCUUUAUCCUCUUCCUACCUAUUGUUUUUUAUCUUAGUAGCUUCCUUCACUCAAAGCAGAAGAAGCGGAUACUCAUUUUGCCCAAACGUAUCCAGUCAAAUGCCAGUCUUGUGAACAUCCAAGAAAAAUACAGCUGAGCUGCAAAACAAAACCUGAGAACUGCUGCUGGUAUACAGUGGGUACAAUUGUGUUGGAAUGAGGCCGGCACAAAAGAGGAGUUAAUUACGGUUUAGUGUAAUGAUACAGAGCAACACAAGUUAAACAAAAUGCUGUCUGACUUCUAAGCGAGGAUAUUAACAAACAUGACAAGGCAGGGCUGUGUGACACUGUAUGGACUCUGCUUUUGAAAAAUCCAUGUUUUUUCCAGUCUCGGGCUGAAGCUGGUGUUUUUCUGUCUCUAAGCCUUUGUAUUUCUCACCACUAGAAUACUUUCUUGGCGUGUUAUUUUCCUCUUUAAUUUGUCUUAUUAGUUUCGCGGAAACAUAUCUGAGAUUCUCAAUCUUUUUGAGAUGAUUUUCACAGACAGGAAAGACUUGAACUAAUAUUUGAUAUUCCUGUCUGAAACAUUAUUUUCAUGUUAUAGACGGUCUUGGGAUUGAAAGAAAACUUCCGAAAAAUAAAAAAUUCCCUUCUGAUACCUCUCCCUAAAGUCAUGCUGCUGCUGAGUUGGUUGUAAUGGUCUUUGUGAAAAACGUGAGGUCUGCAGAGGAAGUGCUAAUAUAUAAUGUCCAAAGCCAGCAACAAAAGCAAUAGAACAGCCAGUGCUAGACGGGAGCAGUAAUUCUUAAUGACUACAGUAUUGAGCUAUUUCUGAAACAGGCAGCAUAUUUACUCAUUUGCACACUUGAACCACUAAAUAAAAUAGCUGUUCUUCAAAUGUUAAAUUUUCAGAGGCUUAUUCUAGGUGUGUGCCUGGGUAAUUGAGCGCAUCACUUUUUUUUUUCUAUUUAUUGUGUUGUUUCCUUUUUUCCUUUUAAUUAAAAAGUUGUUUUUUUUUUUUGUGGAGAAGUGAGGUGAAGUCAAGUCACUGGAGGAAUUUCCUAGUCUAGAGCUUUCUGUGGCUUAAUACAGAGGUGUUUACAGGAAUGUGGUGGGGGAAAAAAAAACGAUCCUUUUCUGUAUAAUAUGUAUUUUAUCAGUACAUGAGCAAGGGGAUUCUCUAACUUGAAAACUGUCCUGAAGGACAAUGAAGAUACUGUGUUGGGAAUUGAUGACUUUCAAGAAAUAGUUUUAAAAAUUAGCUAUGUGGAACAGAUGAAGAAUAAAUAUAGGAUUGCAGGAUUCCAAAGCAGAUUAAAAAAACAAAGUUGUACAAUAACUUCAGGGAUGGACGGUGCUGCUGACAGGCAGUGGGUAUGGUUCUACAGGCUACAGCUGCAGCAAUACCAGAGGUUCAGUUUUGGCUGGUGAUAGUGCUAAUUUGGGAGAGUAGCGGAGUUAAAGUGAUUUAUAGCUAUACCUGAGAUUAAUGAAUAUCUUUGCUCCCAUUUUGAAAUGUGUUUUUAAUAACCAUGAUAUAAAAAUGAAUGGCCGCAUCGGCAAAAAAAUAUGUAUUUCUCUUGAAACCUGGGUGUCUGAUUUCUGUCAAAACUCCUAUGAAGUCUUAUGUAUUUGACUUGCUUUGGAGCCUGACAUGUUUCAUUUUUCCUUUGCACAAAGGCUCAAAUAAAUAUAUAGCAAUUUCACAAAACAGUCCUAAAGCAAUUUGAGUUGUUGUGGUUCUCUGUUCUUUUUUUUUUUUUUUUUUUUGGGUCAGGACAUGCUAUCCAUUUUAAAGUCAAGUUGACAGUGUGUUUAAUAUGAAGUAGAAUACCAUGUUACUGACUGGUUAAGUCCACAUGAUUUUUUUAAAUUAUUUUAUAACAAAAUAUUAGUAUUUAUACUUAUCUGCCUUUGUUACGUGUGAAUUUCUAAGUCAACAGUCAGUUUGCUCUAGGUAGUUUAUAGCAAUGAUAGAACACUGUUACUUCUGAUUAUUACUUGGUUAUCUUUUUGCAGCUGGGAAAGGCGUGCUGCCUUCAAAGAGAAAAAAGGUGAAUUUUUUUUUGUAUCUCUUAUUCUUAAACUUCAACUUUCUGGGACUUACUCAGCUGCCUGCUCUAAUAGCAUUACUUCGAUUUGGGACAUCAUAUGAUUGAGAGCUGUUGAAAGCAAUCUUUCAUUCAUGCAGAUAAAGCCAGUUUGUAUGUGCAGCAUUUCAGAAUGACAGCUUUUAUACUGUAAGCAGUGGCUUUUUGAGCACAUUUGUGUUAAGUAGGUCUCAAAGUCAUUACGUUGGAUAUGGUGAUUAAGCACUUAAAAAAAAAAAAAAAAGAAAAACACCACCAAAAAACCCAGCUUUUCUUAUUUGCCUGGCUGCUAAGCCAAGUGGAAAUGCUCAUGUGACUUUUGUUUUUUAUUUUAAAGCACAGGUGAUGUUUACACUUGAGAGUUUUAAUCUUAUAUCUACUAUUUCUCCUUUUACUUUUUUUUUUUCCCCCAGACUUCGUACUACUACCUUGCUUGACAGUGUUUUAUUUUUGGUAGGAUGUUUCUUAUACAAACAAAAAUUGACUGCAUUCUCUUUAUACUCUUUCUUAGAGAAAUGUGGAAGCACACAGGUUGUGUGUUUGAAGAAGGUCUAGAAUUCUCUUUGCUGCUAAUCUUUCACCUAGGUUUAUUUUCCCUUUUUGGUAUUAUGUGUACAAAAUGACGAACUUUGGAAACCCUGGUUGUUUGUAUCUUUUUGUGCAAAUAAAGAUUUCUGAUGGUGGGGUAGCACUUUGGUUCAUAUUUAUACUUAUUAGGAAACUUCUAAACACUGAAAGUCAGCUUUAAUAAAGAUUGUCGAUGAA